AUGUUGCGCAUCAGGUUCAAGCACAGCUGGGGCACCGCAGAGAAGCUCUACAAGUCCGAGGCCAUCGACUCCUUCGGCAACAAGUACCUCCUUGGUGUCUACGAGACCGUGAAGGAGGCCGAGAAGGCCUUCGACGAGUGGAACAAGGAGUAUGAGCAGGCCGGCGCUGACGUCAAGGAGUCUCUGAGCGGCUGGGCCAAGCAACAAGAGGCGGCUCUCGCCGAAGACCAGGACGAAGUGGACCGCCUACGCAAGGCACUUGAGGAGGCACGUCGCUGA